GCACCUAUGGGACCGUCACAAUUUAAUUUCGUUGUACUACACAAUGACAGUAAAGGGCUUGACUCUUGAAUCUUGCUGCAGGAAGUUGGAACAGAGAUAUUGGCAUGAAUCAGAGGGCAUUCCAUUGAAGCCAGCUGAAGGCACGCCGUGACGGUACAUGCACACGUGUGAUCAGGAUUAAUACCAAACCUGGUAGUGUGACAGUUCAGGUUGUACGGGGCUGGGUCAUAGCUGUCGUGCCUACGUUGGGCCCUGCCCUCAGUGCCCUGCUGACUCUGCUCACAAAAAGGUUGUUCAGGGAUGAGUUGGUCUCAUUAUGGAGCUGCUGCUUUGAUCGACUUUGAUGAAGAUUUACGCAACAACAAUUUCACCUGGUGGACCAGAACCAAAGUUUGAGAGCUACAAUAAGAAAUAAACUUCACUAAAAGAGAAUAUAACUUCAGUUUCUGCAUCUGAAGUUUCCCCCGACGUGACACAAUGGCAGCAUCCACGUUCGCGUCUGAACUGAGGAUCGUGGUGUUUGGAAAGAGACAAACAGAAAAGACAGCACUGAGUAACUUCAUCACCAGGGAAACGGACACUCUUUAUCUGAAGACGUCAAAGCAGUGCACGGUCUCCUACGGAGAAUGGAAGGGGAGGAAACUAACGGUGGUGAAGACCUCGGACGUCUUCGGUCUCUCUGAGGACAAAGUGAGACACGAGAUGAGGAAGUGCGUGGCUCUUUGUCCUCCUGGACCAAACGUCCUCCUGCUGCUGGUGAAGCCGUCUGAUUUCACCGAAGAGGACCGACAAAAACUGAAGUUCAUCCUGAGCUUCUUUGGUCAAGAUGCCUUUAAAUACUCGAUGGUCAUUGACACAGAAAACGGGGAAAUGGAGAACGCUUCGGUGAGUAAAGUCAUCCGGGACUGCACAGAGAGGAAGCAAAGUGUUAACUUAGAUAAAAAAGCUCUUCCCGAACAUGAGUACCAAGAGCUGAUUGGGCAGAUGCAGAACAUAGUGAGUGACAACAAAGGAGGACAUCUGAACUGUACCGAAACGGCUGAUCCCAGAACAGUGACCUCCAAACGUCCUCUGAACUUAGUGUUGUUUGGGACACACGGAGCCUGGAAGACUUCAACGGUCAACGCCAUCCUGGGAGAGAGAAAGUUUGGUCCACUUGUUGACUCAUCAGAGUGUGUUAAACAUCAGGGAGAGGUGUUUGGACGUCGGGUUUCCCUGAUGGAGAUUCCUGCCUUGUAUGGAAAACCUCAGGAGGAAGUGAUGGAGGAAUCCUUCAGGUGUAUGUCCCUCUGUGAUCCUGAGGGCGUCCACGCCUUCAUCCUGGUCCUACCUUUAGCUUUCCUCACUCGCGAAGGCAAAAACGAGCUGGAGACCAUCCAGAACAUGUUCAGCUCUCCAGUCAAUGACUUCACCAUGAUUCUGUUCACGGUGGAGUCAGAUCCUACAGAUCCAGAUGUUGUUUACUUGUUGUCAAACAACAGAGAGAUCCAGGAGCUCUGUCGGAGCUGUGGAGGAAGAUAUGUUGUUCUCAACAUCAAGAACAAGCAGCAGAUCCCAGAGCUAUUGGACGCUGUGGAAAAGAUGAGUGCCGUGGGUUUCAAGAUGAUGAUGGCCAAGCCCACCAAGCCCCGGGCGGAUACGAUACAGAAACCUAUACGGGAGAUGGCGGGCUGUAAGAGCAGAGAGCCGCUCAGGAUGGUGCUGAUUGGGAAGACUGGCUGCGGAAAGAGCACCACAGCAAACACUAUUCUGGGCAAAGACUGCUUCAAAGCUAAAGUUAGCCCAAAGUCGGUGACCGAGUUUUGCCAGAAAGCAACGGGAGAGAUCGACGGACGGCCCAUCGUCAUAGUGGACACCCCUGGCUUGUACGACACGACGCUGUCCAACGAGAAAGUCCAACAGGAGCUUCUGAAAUGCGUCAGCUUGUUGUCUCCUGGACCUCACGUGUUCUUAUUAGUGCUGCAGAUUGGACGCUUGACGCAAGAAGAGAAAGACACCGUGGAUCUGAUCAAGAUGUUUUUUGGCAAGAAGUCGGAGGACUACAUCAUCGUUGUGUUCACCAGAGGAGACGACCUGAAAGACCAAACGUUCGACGGUUACAUCCAGGACGACCCGGAAGGCUUUGUUGAGAAGCUGAUAGCCGACUGCGGAGGACGAUACCAAGUCUUCAAUAACAAAGAUCAGAGCCGCGCUCCAGUCAGAGAGCUGCUGAGCAAAGUCGAAUCGAUGGUGAGCGGAAACGGCGGCGGCUGCUACACCUCGGAGAUGUUCCGGGAGGCCGAGGCGGCCAUACAGAAGGAGAAGAAGAGGAUCCUGAAGGAGAAGGAGCCGGAGAUACAGAGAGAGAUGAAGGACUUCAAGGAGGAAAUUAAGGCAAAGUGGAAAAAGUUGUCGGACAACAUCACCAAAACAGAACGAGAGGGACAGCUGAAAAACAAACUGAUCAAGAUGAAGGAGGAGGCCAUCAAGAGGGAGCAGGAGAAGAUGAAGUGGGAAGAAGAAGAGAGGAAAGCGGAGGAGAAGAAGACAAAACAACAGGAUGAAAUCCAACAGAUGGAAUGGGAGCAUAGCUUCCAAGCCGCCGUCCAUAAAACAGGGACACGGGACAGAGACGAGAUGAGACAAGGACAAGAGACGUGGGAGAAGGAGCGGAGGGAGUGGUGGGAGGAACGAUAUCAAGUAGAUCAACGGAGACGACUCGAGGAGCAAACGCAACUCCGAAAGCUCAAAGAAGAGUACGAACAGGAGAGGAGCGAGUGCGAGAAGAAAAGAAAAGAAGAUCUGAUCAGAAGAGAACAAGCAGCGGUACAACUGAACAAACUACAGGAAUACCUCGUCAAAAACCUGGCAACGAUACAGAAAAGACACGACGAAGAGGCCAGAAAGCAGGCUGAGGAGGCCAACGAAUUCAGAGACAAAUACACCGAGGACUUUGACACACUGACGGAGAAACACGGCAAGGAGAUGGAGGAUCUGAAGGAGAAGCAGCAGAAACACAACAACUUCCUGAUACGACAGCUGAGCAAACACAAACCGUACCGGAAAGACUUUGAGAGGUUGAAGAAGAGACAAGAAGAAGAAAUGAAUGAACUCACUGACACACCUUUUCCUCCAAACAAUGAAAAUAUGGACGAAGAAUUGAACAAACUCAAAACCAAACAUGAGGAGGAAAUAAACGACUGGAUACAAGUACAUGUGAAGAGAGCCAGACAUAGGAACUGUCCCGUCUUAUGAGCUGUUGUGUGUUUUUCCUCAACAGCAGCAGAGUCACAAACUGUGAAACUGAGAGAUAUUAAGACUUCAUUUUGGGGGUUUUGUCCUGUUACAUAAGCGGGUAAAAUCACCAGGCCAACCGCCACUUUGGUGGGCAGAGAAACAACUGAAAAGUUGGCGUAUGAUUGGAUAGAGCUUCACUAGGGCUGUCAAAGUCAGCGUGAUAAUAACGCUUUAACACAAAUACAUUUUAACACCACUAAUUUCUUUAACGCAUUAACGUAACUUGUGUUUUUCAGGUGGUAGUGGUCUCAGUUUU